CACACGAAACUGCUCCAUGGAGCUCAUCCGCCGCAGUCAUGUCAUCCAGCUUAAAAGGUUGGCCUCGCUGCCAUCCACAUCAACAGAGGUCGCCAACCUGCUCGCGCCGCACCCCGCACCACGCCCAACGGCCUCCACGCUGGUUGAACUCCGGCUGGAUGUUGGAUGUUGCACAUGCACCUGAUUCCAUUGGAUUGAGUCAGCUGCUACCUCAGGCCCUCCUGGAUUUCUUUGGAUUUAUUUGCUUCACAGUUCUCGUUGGAGAUUUCUUUGGGUUCAUUGACUUCUCGCUCUGCGGACACUACCCAGCGCCUCCUUCCAUUGAAAAGUCGCAAGAUUCAUCAGACAUUUAGUCCGCAAGCCUGAUUUUUAUUUGGGCUCCAGGUUGUGAAUUUCAUGAGAAAGAUAGCAUCUCAAAUCGUAAAGUCUUCAUGUGCAGAUCUAUUUUGCAUUUCUAGCAGCAAAAGAAGCAUCAUUGCAUCAUGAUAAUCGACGCUGCAAUGGUUUAUGCCUCGGUUGUUCACAUCAGAUAACCUCAACCUUUCAUGGCACAACAUGUUUUUGCUCUAAUUAAGGCUCCCAAUAUUGUUUUGGUCUAAGUAGCUUUUUACAAGCUACAGAUGUGUAUCUGAAGUGCAGAAAGUCAGCAGUGAUGCUUUCGACAAUAUAGAAGAGCUGAAGCCAUCGACGAUGUUUAUUGCAUACUAUUAGAAAGGCAGCUCACUCAAUGAAUGUAGGUACUGCGGUCGUACAUAUUAUUUAGAAAAUGACGCAUGUAUCGUUCUUUGUUAUAUUGAAUCUGGUAUAUUGUGUUAAGAAUAAACCACAUGCUCCCUUAACACUCAACCGAGAUUCUAUAUGUGGUUCAUUCUUAAUGUUGGUACCUUGGAAUUUAAGAACCCACUUUAUAUGAAGAUCACUUCUCUAA